CACCAAGAAGGACCGGGCGCCGAGGGACGUGUGGAGGACCUGGCUGAGGGCUGUGGGCCUGGGGAGUGGCCUUGUGGUGGCGGCACUCUUGCUCUGGAGCAGUUUGGGAGCCGAGGAUGGUGUCACGGAGGUCCUGGCCCGCCGCGGUGAGGUCCUGGUGGGCAGGUUCAUCGAGGUACCCUGCUCUGAGGACUACGACAGCCACCGCAGAUAUGAAGGCUGCACUCCCAGGAGGUGCGGCAGGGGCGUCACUGACACUGUCAUCACCAGGGAGGACGCUGAACGGAUUCGCAGCAUCGCCGAGAAGGGGCUCUCUCUGGGAGGAUCUGACGGAGGGGCCUCCAUUCUGGACCUGCACUCGGGGGCCCUGUCUGUGGGGAAGCACUUCGUGAACCUGUACAGGUACUUUGGAGAUAAAAUACAAAACAUCUUCUCUGAAGAAGACUUCCAGUUAUAUCGGGAGGUGCGGCAGAAGGUCCAGCUCACCGUCGCCAACGCCUUUGGCAUCAGCCCGUCCUCGCUGCACCUGACCAAGCCCACCUUCUUCUCCCGCAUCAACAGCACAGAGGCACAGACAGCCCACGACGAGUACUGGCAUGCACACGUGGACAAGGUGACCUACGGCUCCUUCGACUACACCUCGCUGCUGUACCUGUCCGACUACCUGCAGGACUUCGGUGGAGGCCGGUUCGUGUUUGUGGAGGCCGGGGCCAACAAGACGGUGGAGCCGAGGGCCGGCCGGCUGUCUUUCUUCACCUCGGGCUCCGAGAACCUGCACCGGGUGGAGGAGGUCCGCUGGGGCACCCGGUACGCCAUGACCAUCGCCUUCACCUGCAACCCCGACCACGGCAUCACAGACCCGGCCUUCUGGGAGCCCGGCCCAAGGUCGGCGCCUGGUGGACCUGGUCCCCGACCCUCGUAGGCAAGCUGCCGGGCUGCCCGGAUCCGUCGCACGCAGUGCCUUACAGGGACCUCGGGUUUCGCUUUGCCUGUUGCCCCCUCUUCAUCUGUGAGUAAACUAGGGACCCGGCCUCC